UCGAAUACCAUAUGAAGAAGGUCCUCAAACCGAUGAUGAUGAUGUUGUGCCAUUUGCACAUAGAGAUAUUAAACCUGGUAAUAUCCUCUUAUCGGAUGAUAUGCAAACUCCCAUUUUGAUGGAUUUUGGUUCAUUAAUUAGAGCCCGAAUAAAAAUUCACAAUCGUAAUUCAGCUUUAAUGCAACAAGAUUUAGCUGAAUCAAAUUCUACUAUGCCUUAUCGUGCUCCAGAAUUAUUUGAUGUUAAGACCAAUACCGAUUUGACUGAAAAAGUUGAUAUUUGGUCACUGGGAUGCACACUUUACGCCAUGGCUUAUGGAGUUUCACCUUUUGAACAUAGUAUUAAUGAACAAGGCGGGUCAAUAAAGUUAGCGGUUCUCAAUAAUCAAUUUAAAUUUCCUGAAAAUGAUACUUAUUCUCAAGAUUUUAGAGAUUUAGUUAGUUUCAUAUUAAAAGUUGAUCCUAAAGAAAGACCUGAUAUUCAUAAGGUGAUUGAAAGAGUUGAUAUACUUAUAGAACAAUUAAAUCAGUAG